AUGGCCCAUCCAAUGCCUAUACCACAACAAACUCAAUACCCGGGUCCGAUGCCUCAACAUCAUCAAAAUAUUGGGCAACAGCGACAUGCCUCAAGCGGACAACACCAGAGCUUUGGGCAAAAUUCUCCAAGAGAGACUGAAGAUUUUCCCUUAGAUUCCAUCCAAGCCCCUCUUCUCGUAUCAUUCAUCUUAGAGCGGCCCAGGAACGACAUCAGCUGGGAAGAUGUUGUCCCCGAGCAACAACACGUCAGAGCUCAUGACCUCAAAAAGGAGGUACUGAAGUUCCGACGUAACUACAACAACGUCAAAAAGGCUUUGGACGAAAUAUCCUCUCCAAACUGUCGCAGAAUCAUCAAUGAACUGGUCGAAGAGCAGAAUGUUGUCCUGACCAAACACAACCCGACCAUGGAGUACAGGAUCGUGAGUCUGAUAAAGAAGUUUCGAGAACGCGCCUCUUUGACGCGCCGCGAGAGAUACCUGGCACGUGUGGACAUAAUCUUGGAAGCAGAAGACUCUGGCCUCCAAGGUACAAAGACGGGAUUCCAGGGUCGAGUCAACAAUCAAAGCCAGAAUAUGCCAGCACCACAACAGAUGCCUCAGCAGCGACCUCAACCUCAUGGCCCGCAUAACGUGCCGCCUCCUCCACACCCUGAGCUAACGCGUGGUCAGCCUCCUCCUCUUCAUGUUGUUAAUCCAGGCAACAUUCAUAUGCCGAUGCCCACUCCCCAUGUACCGCCUCCAUUUCCACCUCAACCACAUCUAAGUGGAGGUAUGAACGGGCAAACUCCAGUAGCUGGCCCACCUGCGCCGCCGCCACCGCCGCCACCACCACCUAAUGGAGGGGCCCAUCCAGUUAUGUCGGGACCUCGCGGGCACCCACCACCAAUUCAGUCACCCUUACCGCAGGGUCUAUCAGGCAUGCCCGGCAGUUACCCCGAGGCUAUACCAAUGUCAGUACCAAGGCACGUACCAGGUCGUAGGCCAGGCCCGGUCAACCAGACAAUGGACCCCGAGUUGCCUAGGAGCCAGCAAACCAAGCACAGGAGCCACAUGGAUACAUCUAGUUUAUACUCAGAGGGUGAAGUUAGUUGGGAAGAUGAGUCGGAGGGUUCUAGCUUCGUCGACAUCGACAGCGACAUGCAUAGGGAAAUGCAUCCGCGCGAACCCGAACGCGGACGACAUGCUAAGGGGUCAAGAAACAAUCCGAGACAUCGUAUGCAUAGUAGAAGCAAGCGGCAAAGUCGAAGUCGCAGCCGGAGUCACCUACGCAGAGGCAUUCACCAGCAAAAUGCACGGCAACCAAUGCGGAGACAUCGGCCCAGUAGUGAUAUUGACGAAGGAUACACUGGCAGACGUACCCCAGACACACCAGGUUCGAGUUCUCCUCAACCUUUACGUGCGAAGCUCUCUAGUCAAGCGCCAGCGAACAUUCACAUCCACAUGAACACAAACAACACUGCAGAUGACAGAACACGCAGCGGCAACGCCUCGCCCACCAGCCUCUACAGUGAGAAGAGGAUGCCAGAGAAAGUUUACAAUUCACACGACGAUAUGUCCGAUGCAUCAUGGGAUCGCGCAAGCGGUACUGGUUCCUGGCACACCUCGUCUGUCCACACGGCCGAGGAUAACAUGUGGGACGCACCUUCUCGGCCUCAGCCUACAAAGCGUGAGCACAGCCAGCGCAAGCCGACUUUUGCAGCGCGCCCAAACGACGCCUUUGAUCCCCAGCGUCGAAGCCCCAACCCCAACACUGCCGAUCUGCGCUCCGCACAGAGACCCAGAUACCUCAGGGAACCAAGCAACGAGCACAUGCCCACUCGCUCAUCCAUGCGAGAGCCCAUGCGAGAGCAAGAGCGGGACCGCGAGUACCCAUCUUACCCCGACGACCAACACCCCUACCCUCCCCGUCCGCAUCUCCCGCACCGCCGCCCCACCCCAGCACUGCCCCGUACCCAACACACCAACAACCCCUUUGCUUCACCCUUCCCUCCUGCCCCUCCUAAGCCCGCCCGCACCGCCUCUUACAAUCCAGAUGUAUAUGAUCAUGCGUACUCGCCGGCCCAGCCGCGUAGGAGACAGACAGAAGCUGCACUGCACGAUGAGCAGAUCAAUCUACGUGACUUGCGCGAUGCGCUGGAGUGGGCGCGCGAGAAGAAUAAAGAGAAGGAGAGUAUGCAGUCGGUGAGGUAUGGAGAUGAUGUCUCGCGCAGGAGGAGAAGGGAUUCUACCAUGGAUUAUGAUGAUGAGUGGGAUUUUGAGAGAAGUGGUGGUGGGUACUAA